AUGCCACCAAGAGUCAAUACUGCACAACGUCGUCUGUUGAAAGAAUAUCAACAGCUAACCAAGGAUUCGCCAGAAGGUAUUAUUGCUGGCCCAGUCAGCGAAGAUAACCUGUUUGUAUGGGAUUGUUUGCUAGAAGGUCCAAGAGAUACUCCUUAUGAGAAUGGAGUUUUUCCAGCUAGACUUACAUUUCCAUCUGAUUAUCCAUUAUCACCUCCAAAAUUAGUUUUCACACCAGCCAUUCUCCAUCCAAAUAUCUAUGCUAAUGGUGAAGUUUGCAUAUCUAUCUUACAUCCUCCAGGUGACGAUCCUCAUCAAUACGAAAGAGCUGAAGAAAGAUGGUCCCCUGUACAGAAUGUUGAAAAGAUCUUGUUGAGUGUUGUUAGUAUGCUGAGUGAGCCAAACGUUGAGAGUGGUGCGAACAUCGAUGCAUGCAAACUAUGGAGAGAUGACCGUAAGGAGUUUGAAAGAUUAGUUAAACGUGAUGUCCGCAGAAGUUUAGGCUUAUAA